AUGCCCAGGAACCAGGGGAUGAUGCAGUGGCCCGGUGACAGGUCCGGGAGGAGACCCUCAAAGAAGCGGGCUCCCAGAGCCGAGGGUGCCGCGGGCAGGCGCGGAGCCCAGCCUGGCCAGAAGGAACGGGCCGGGGGCAGCCCAGGGCCGGGGUCCCCCCGGAGGAAGCAGGCAGAGCGCAGGAGACACCGAGAAGAGCUGGGGGAACGGGGGCGGAGCUCCACAGAGAGGACCUGCACCGAGAGGAGGAAGAAGGAUGGGAGGACUUCCCUCAAGGAGCAGAGAGCACCCUCAAAGAAGGGAAAGGAGGUGCCGAGGAAGGAGGAGACGUGGAAGCAGCUGAAGAAGCACAGAUCGCCCUCCUUGGCCUCCAGUGCCUCUGUCGGGGAGUCUCUGUCAGAGGAGGAACUGGCCCGAAUCCUGGAGCAGCUGGAAGACAAGAAGAAGCUCAUUGCCACCGUGCGGAGCAAGCCCUGGCCCAUGGCAAAGAAGCUGACUGAGCUCAGAGAGGCCCAAGAAUUUGUGGAGAAGUAUGAAGGAGCCUUAGGAAAGGGGAAAGGCAAGCGACUCUACGCCUACAGGAUGCUGAUGGCUAAGAAGUGGGUCAAGUUUAAGAGAGACUUUGAUAAUUUCAAGACUCAGUGUAUACCCUGGGAAAUGAAGAUCAAGGACAUUGAAAGUCACUUUGGUUCCUCAGUGGCAUCGUAUUUCAUCUUUCUCCGAUGGAUGUAUGGAGUUAACCUCGUCCUUUUUGGCUUAAUUUUUGGCUUAGUUAUAAUCCCAGAGGUACUAAUGGGCGUGCCCUAUGGAAGUAUUCCCAGAAAGACAGUGCCUCGGGCUGAGGAAGAAAAAGCCAUGGAUUUUUCGGUCCUUUGGGACUUUGAGGGCUACAUCAAGUAUUCUGCUCUCUUCUAUGGCUACUACAACAACCAGAGGACUAUCGGGUGGCUGAGGUACAGGUUGCCCAUGGCUUACUUUAUGGUGGGGGUCAGCGUGUUCGGCUAUAGCCUGAUGAUUGUCAUUAGAUCGAUGGCCAGCAAUACCCAGGGCAGCGCAAGCGAGGGGGAGAGCGCUAACUUCACCUUCAGCUUCAAGAUGUUCACCAGCUGGGAUUACCUGAUCGGGAAUUCAGAGACAGCCGACAACAAGUAUGCCUCCAUCACCACCAGCUUCAAGGAAUCGAUAGUGGAUGAACAAGAGAGUAACAAAGAAGAAAAUAUCCAUCUGACAAGAUUUCUCCGGGUCCUGGCCAACUUUCUCAUCAUCUGCUGUUUGUGUGGAAGUGGAUACCUCAUUUAUUUUGUGGUGAAGCGAUCGCAGGAAUUCUCCAAAAUGCAGAAUGUCAGCUGGUAUGAAAGAAAUGAGGUAGAAAUUGUGAUGUCCCUGCUUGGUAUGUUUUGUCCCCCUUUGUUUGAAACCAUCGCUGCCCUGGAGAAUUACCACCCACGCGUUGGACUGAAGUGGCAGCUCGGACGCAUCUUUGCACUCUUCCUGGGGAACCUCUACACAUUUCUCCUGGCCCUGAUGGAUGAUGUUCACCUCAAGCUUUCUAAUGAAGAGAAAACAAAGAACCUCACUCACUGGACUCUGUUUAACUAUUACAACUCCUCGGGUUGGAAUGAGAGUGUCCCCCGGCCACCCCUGCACCCUGCAGAUGUGCCCCGGGGUUCUUGCUGGGAGACAGCUGUGGGCAUUGAAUUCAUGAGGCUGACGGUGUCUGACAUGCUGGUAACCUACAUCACCAUCCUGCUGGGGGACUUCGUGCGAGCUUGCUUCGUCCGGUUCAUGAACUACUGCUGGUGCUGGGACCUGGAGGCUGGGUUUCCCUCUUACGCUGAGUUCGAUAUCAGUGGAAAUGUACUCGGUUUGAUCUUCAAUCAAGGAAUGAUCUGGAUGGGCUCCUUCUAUGCCCCGGGCCUGGUAGGCGUCAACGUGCUACGUCUGCUGACCUCCAUGUACUUCCAGUGCUGGGCGGUGAUGAGCAGCAACGUCCCCCACGAGCGCGUGUUCAAAGCCUCCCGAUCCAACAACUUCUACAUGGGCCUCCUGCUGCUGGUGCUCUUCCUCAGCCUCCUGCCCGUGGCCUACGCCAUCAUGUCCCUCCCGCCCUCCUUUGAUUGCGGGCCGUUCAGUGGGAAAAACAGAAUGUAUGACGUCAUCCAAGAGACGAUUGAAAAUGAUUUUCCAACCUUCCUGGGCAAGAUCUUUGCUUUCCUCGCCAACCCUGGCCUGAUCAUCCCAGCCAUCCUGCUGAUGUUCCUGGCCAUCUACUACCUGAACUCGGUUUCCAAAAGCCUUUCCCGAGCGAAUGCCCAGCUGAGAAAGAAAAUCCAAGCGCUCCGUGAAGUUGAGAAGAGCCACAAAUCUGUCAAAGGCAGGACCACAGCCAGAGAUUCAGAGGACACAGCUAAAGGCAACUCCAAAAAUGCCACCCAGCUCCAGCUCACCAAAGAAGGGACCACGCCUCACUCUGCCGGCCAAAGUCAGACCGCAGGCAAGAAGGCCCAGGAUCCUGGGAUCUCCAGUUCUGCCGGCAGGAUCACGCUGCCUGUCUCCCAGCACCUCCCCGGAUCUUGGCCUCCUGGUGUCAGACCAGAGUCUGGCCAACCUCGGCCUCAGACCCAUCCUUGGAGGUCAGCCUCUGGAAAGAGCGCUCCCAGACCUCCCCACUGAUAGCGGGGAUACACAAGCACCAUUCUGGGGCUGAUCCUUGGGCCCCGCCAGCUCACACACCCAAAACGAUAUUCUCUCUUCCUCUCUCUCUCUCUCUUUCACGCGCACACACACACACACACACACACGAUACCCACGCACGCACGUUCUCUCUCCUCUCAUUGAAUGUGGGAAUUUCAAUUACUUAGUCUCAGGCACUUGUUGGCCACCACAACUGGAGGACAAUGGCUUCAUCCACUCUUAGGGGGAGCUGAGCCUCCCGACUCCCCCUAAACUGCCCUUCCUAGUAUCUUGGUUCAGGCAGCCUGGACCUUGAACUCACCAUGGUUCUCUCGGCUCCAGACUUUGGGAGGAGGGACCAGGGCCAUGAUCAUCACCAUAGACUUUGUCAUGGCACCCAUGUUGGGACCCUGGUUUCUGCUAGCCUUACUAACUGGGAGGAGGGGCCCACAUUCUUAACUGUCAGCCCUAUCCAA